CUCCUGUGCUUGUCACGCUCUGGGCCUUCUCGGUGGCCAGGGAAGGAAAGAAAUCUGACCGUGCGUGAGCCAAGCGUGAAGCCGAGCACAACCCCGAGCUGAAGGCACCUCUUCAGGGGGAGCCUGAAAUGUGAAGAUUUUCUUUCCUGCCGGAGCCUCCCAACCCAAGAAAUAGAAAAAAAAGCUCCCCAAGAUGACUGUCACGUACUCCAGUAAAGUAGCAAAUGCGACUUUUUUUGGAUUUCAUAGGUUACUCCUCAAGUGGAGAGGGAGCAUCUACAAACUACUGUACAGGGAAUUUAUUGUCUUUGCUGUUUUUUACACGGCCAUAAGUUUGGUGUACAGGAUUUUAUGUGACUCUGGUAGUGAACCGGUGGUGGAACCAGUUUGUGAAUCUGCCCUGGCCCGACAGGCUGAUGUUUCUCAUCUCCAGCAGUGUUCACGGGAGGGACGAGCAUGGGCGUCUGCUCAGAAGGACCCUGAUGCGCUACGUCAACCUCACGUCUCUGCUCAUCUUCCGCUCUGUGAGCACCGCUGUGUACAAAAGGUUCCCCACCAUGGACCAUGUGGUUGAAGCAGGAAGAACUGGCAAUAAACCCAUUCUGCCUUCAAGUUCUGAGAUACAGAGCUUUUAG